GUAUUUUCCAAUCUCCACAGACACCAAAAAUGUCCACCACCUCCCUGCCAGAGGGCUGGCACAUCCCCAUCACCCAAUGGCUCGCCGUGCAAUUCAUCACCGGCACCACCAUAGCCUUCACCGCGGCCACAUCCCCCCUCCGCAAUGCAGCCGCCAUCCUCGCCUUCGCAACGGCGUACUCAGUCCAACUCAGCGCGGCCACAUACCUCCCAGGCACCCGCUUCGGCGCGCCCAUCGUGGCCAUGUGCUGGGUGAAUGUGCUCAAUGCAAUUGACCUGUUGGUUCUCAGUCGUGCAUCUUACGAAGCGCAGCGAGAAUAUGACUCUGCCAAAACCUCAAAUGGGAAACCCAAAUCCGCACCGCCACAACCCCCGAGAAACCCAGGUUUAAUACAGAGAUACAUCUGGUCCCUCUCCCUAACAUUCAACUACCGCCGCAUCAACACCCCCUGGCAAAUCCCCGCCCUGACCCCCUUCCAUUCCCACUCCCCAGCCCGAAUCCCCUCCCGGACUCACUUCCUCGCUACCUCAUGCAUCAAACUCCUCUUCUCCAUCGCAAUCAUCCACCUCUUCACGAUCGAAACAGAGGAUCUGUACCUCGCGCAUGCCAUCUCCCAUCUCCCCACCCACCCGGGGGAAAUCCUCUUCCCGUUCCUGUAUCCACAUCGAACCGGGACGGGGAGUUGGGAGAGAGAUUUAGUUCUAAGGGCCUUGUUCACGCUCUCGUUUGGCAUUGUCGCUCGUGCGACAAUAGUAGCGGGGUACACUCUCGCUAGUAUGGUCUUUGUAGGCACCGGACUACAAGAAGUGAGUAUGUGGCCGCCCGUGGCGGGGGGAAUUAAAGAGGGAUGGAGUGUUAGAAGGUUUUGGGGAAAAACAUGGCACCAAACCCUCCGCGCGCUGCUCGUCUCCAACGCGGAUUUCCUCUCUGCCAUACUGCACAUCCCGGUAUCAUUGCAUCUCCCCUUCCGGUUCUUGUUUUGCUUUACGGUCUCGGGGGUCGUGCAUUUACUUAUGGAUGUGGGGUUUGGGGUGAGUAUUCGGGAGAGUGGCGCGUUGUGGUUUUUUGUGUUGCAGGUGGGGGGGAUUUUUGCUGAAUUGCUUGUGGGGAGGGUGGUGGGUGUGGAUUUAGGGUUGGGGAAUGGGAAUGGGAAGGGGGGUAUGGGGUGGGUGAGGAAGGGAGUGGGCUUUGUUUGGGUGGGUGGGUUUAUGCUCUGGACGGUGCCGGUGUGGGUGAAUCCGAUUUUGGUGCGGUUGUUUAAGGAUGGGGUUAGGAUGAUGUCGCCGUUUUUAGGGUUUAAGGGGUGGGAGCUUUGA